AGAAAAUGUACUCAGCUCAUAAGAAAGAAGUGAGAUACCUAAAGUGAAUCAACACAGGGCUUAACAUACUUGUCAUCCCUUCAGUAAAUAAUCAUGGCUGUCACCAGAGCUCUUAACAAGGGAAGUGGCAAGUGGAAAGCAGAAUUUCCUGUGGGGACACCCAGGUGAGCCAGGCUUACAGCGUGAGGUUGGACAAGUCAUUUCCCUCAUCACUGUGAGACAGUGUAGGGAUGCACCAUGAGGAUGUGGUAGGAAGGCUGACAAGAGAUUGGGAAGUGACUUAGGAGGAAAGCUGGCUGCAUAUCUGCUGCAAGAGAGGCAUCAUCUCCCCACUCGCUCUGUGAUGUUUCAGUCCUGGGAAGACAAGCACCAUGUCUCUAAGCAGCGCCUUCCGGGCUGUGGGCAACGACCCUGGGAUCAUCACCUGGAGGAUAGAGAAAAUGGAGCUGGCGCUGGUGCCCCUGAGCGCCCACGGCAACUUCUAUGAGGGGGAUUGCUACGUCAUCCUAUCGACCCGGAGAGCGGGCAGUCUCCUCUCCCAGGACAUCCACUUCUGGAUUGGGAAGGACUCCUCCCAGGACGAGCAGAGCUGCGCGGCCAUCUACACCACGCAGCUGGAUGACUACCUGGGGGGCAGCCCCGUGCAGCACCGGGAGGUCCAGUACCACGAGUCCGACACCUUCCGCGGCUACUUCAAGCAGGGCAUCAUCUACAAGAAGGGGGGCGUGGCCUCUGGGAUGAAGCACGUGGAGACCAACACCUAUGAUGUGAAGCGGCUGCUACACGUGAAGGGGAAGAGAAACAUCAGGGCCACUGAGGUGGAAAUGAGCUGGGACAGCUUUAACCAGGGUGAUGUCUUCUUGCUGGACCUUGGGAAGGUCAUCAUCCAGUGGAACGGCCCAGAGAGCAGCAGCGGGGAGCGCCUAAAGGCUAUGCUUCUGGCAAAGGAUAUUCGGGACAGGGAGCGAGGGGGCCGUGCUGAAAUAGGAGUGAUCGAGGGUGACAAGGAGGCAGCCAGCCCAGAGCUGAUGAAGGUCCUUCAGGACACCCUUGGCCGACGCUCCAUUAUCAAGCCUGCCAUCCCUGAUGAGAUCACAGAUCAGCAGCAGAAAUCAAAUAUCACGUUGUAUCAUGUCUCAGACUCAGCUGGGCAACUGGCAGUCACAGAGGUAGCAACAAGGCCUCUAGUCCAGGAGUUACUGAACCAUGAUGACUGCUACAUCCUGGACCAAAGUGGAACCAAGAUCUAUGUGUGGAAAGGAAGAGGAGCCACAAAGGUUGAGAAACAGAUGGCCAUGUCUAAAGCCCUGAAUUUCAUCAAGAUGAAGGGCUACCCUAGCAGCACCAACGUGGAGACGGUCAACGAUGGUGCCGAGUCGGCCAUGUUCAAGCAGCUGUUCCAGAAGUGGUCGGUGAAGGAACAGACCGUGGGCCUGGGGAAAACCUUCAGCAUUGCUCAAGUUUUCCAGAAUAAAUUUGAUGUGACUCUGCUGCACACCAAACCAGAGAUAGCGGCCCAGGAAAGAAUGGUCGAUGACGGCAAUGGAAAAGUUGAGGUCUGGAGAAUUGAAAACCUGGAGCUGGUCCCUGUGGAGCAUCAGUGGUAUGGCUUCUUUUACGGGGGAGACUGCUAUCUGGUCCUCUACACGUACGAGAUGAAUGGAAAACCACACUACAUCUUGUACAUCUGGCAGGGCCGCCACGCCUCUCAGGAUGAGCUGGCAGCCUCGGCAUACCAAGCAGUGGAGGUGGACCGGCAAUUUGACGGGGCCCCUGUGCAGGUUCGGGUUACCAUGGGGAAGGAGCCACGCCACUUCAUGGCCAUCUUCAAAGGGAAGCUGGUUAUCUUUGAGGGUGGGACUUCUAGGAAGGGAAACGCUGAGCCCGAUCCUCCCGUAAGGCUUUUCCAAAUUCAAGGAAAUGACAAAUCUAACACCAAAGCGGUGGAGGUUCCAGCCUUCACCUCCUCUCUAAACUCCAAUGAUGUCUUUCUGCUGCGGACCCAGGCAGAACACUACCUGUGGUAUGGCAAGGGGUCUAGUGGGGAUGAGCGGGCGAUGGCUAAGGAGCUGGCCAGGUUUCUCUGUGAUGGCACCGAGAACACUGUGGCCGAGGGCCAGGAGCCGGCUGAGUUCUGGGAUCUGCUGGGAGGAAAAACUCCCUAUGCCAAUGACAAAAGAUUACAGCAGGAAAUCCUAGAUGUCCAGCCCCGUCUCUUUGAAUGUUCCAAUAAGACUGGCCGGUUCAUUGUCACUGAGAUCACAGACUUCACCCAGGAUGACCUGAACCCAGGCGAUGUGAUGCUCCUGGACACCUGGGACCAGGUGUUCUUGUGGAUCGGGGCUGAAGCCAAUGCCGAGGAGAAGGAGCGAGCUCUUGCCACAGCCCAGGAGUACCUGCACACUCACCCCAGUGGCCGAGACGCCAGCACACCCGUCCUGAUCAUUAAACAGGGCUAUGAGCCUCCCAUCUUCACAGGCUGGUUCCUGGCCUGGGACUCUCACAUUUGGAGCGCAGGGAAAUCAUAUGAACAGUUAAAAGAAGAGCUGGGAGAUGCUGCUGCUAUCACCAGAAUCACUGCUGACAUGAGGGACACAACCAUCCCCCUGGAUUCUGAGCCAAAAUAUUACCCCAUAGAAGUUCUAUUGAAAAACCAGAAUCAGGAGUUGCCUGAGGAUGUGAACCCUGCCAAAAAGGAGAAUUACCUCUCUGAACAGGACUUUGUCUCUGUGUUUGGCAUCACAAGAGGGCAAUUUGCUGCUCUGCCUGCCUGGAAACAGCUCCAGAUGAAGAAAGAAAAGGGGCUUUUCUGAGGCAAACACACACAUCUAGAUAUUGCAAGACCCCCCACAAGAGAGCCAACAGUGCCAAUAUCAAGAAAGAAUUUAUCUACUGAUUUCUGCCCAACACCCAGCUACUCACCAUAGAUGCUGUAGGGUCUUCAAAUCACAGCAUGUUCUCCAUUUUCUCAUCCCUGCAUUCCUUAGUUGUUACACGCCUAAAAUGCUAACUACCCACUUUUUAAUUUUUGUGGCCUUCUGGCUAAAACUGCAUGAAUCUGGAGAAGUCAAAAAUAACAGAAAAAAAAAACCUAAGUUUAAAGUAUUUAAUGUUGGGGCAAGGACCUAAGUUUGUUUUAAAAUUUAAGAUGGGUAUUUCCUGUUUAACCCACAAAUCAUUGAAGUUAUUCACGUAUACACCUUAAAGUCAAAAUCUAAAUGCUCAGAUCCGUAUGUGCCAGAGAUUUUUAAAUUUUCAAAUAAAGAUACCUGUAUGAGCAAAUGGGA